GGUCAUACAUGGAGGAUGACAGAAAAAUCCAAUGGUGUGAAGAGUUCCCCAACCAAUAACCACAACCACCAUGCACUUCCUGCCAUCAAGGCCAAUGGCAAAGAUGACCACAGGACAAAAAUCAGGCCACAAUCUACAGCCGAUGAUGACACCUCCUCAGAACUGCAGAGGCUGGCGGAGGUGGAUGCCUCCCAGCGGGGGAGGGGUGGCUUCCGCAGGAUUGUCCGCUUGGUGGGGAUCAUCAGAGAGUGGGCCAACAAGAAUUUCCGUGAGGAGGAACCUCGACCUGACUCAUUCCUGGAACGUUUCCGUGGGCCUGAGCUCCAGACCGUGACAACACAGCAAGACGAUGGCAAAGGCAACAAGGACGGCGAGGGCAAGGGCACCAAGAAGAAAUUUGAACUAUUUGUCUUGGACCCAGCUGGAGACUGGUACUACCGCUGGCUAUUUGUCAUUGCUAUGCUUGUCCUCUACAAUUGGUGCCUGCUGGUGGCCAGAGCCUGCUUCAGUGACCUACAGAAAACCUAUUACCUAGUGUGGCUAGUGCUGGACUACUUCUCAGAUGUGGUGUACAUUGUGGACCUCUUCAUCCGACUGCACACAGGCUUUCUGGAGCAGGGGCUGCUGGUCAAAGAUCCAAAGAAGUUGCGGGACAACUAUAUCCACACCCUGCAGUUCAAGCUGGAUGUAGCUUCUAUCAUUCCCACGGAUCUGAUCUAUUUUGCUGUGGGCAUCCACAGCCCUGAGCUGCGUUUUAACCGCCUGCUACACUUUGCCCGCAUGUUUGAAUUCUUUGACCGCACUGAGACACGCACCAGCUACCCCAACAUCUUCCGAAUCAGCAACUUGGUCCUUUACAUCUUGGUCAUCAUCCACUGGAAUGCCUGCAUCUACUAUGCCAUCUCCAAGUCUAUUGGCUUUGGGGUUGACACUUGGGUUUAUCCCAAUAUCACUGACCCUGAGUAUGGUUACCUGGCUAGGGAAUACAUUUACUGCCUUUACUGGUCUACACUGACACUCACCACCAUUGGGGAGACACCACCUCCUGUAAAGGAUGAGGAGUACUUAUUUGUCAUUUUUGACUUCUUGAUUGGUGUCCUCAUCUUUGCCACCAUUGUGGGGAAUGUGGGCUCUAUGAUCUCCAACAUGAAUGCCACUCGGGCUGAAUUCCAGGCCAAGAUUGAUGCUGUCAAACAUUACAUGCAGUUCCGAAAGGUCAGUAAGGAGAUGGAAGCCAAGGUCAUUAAGUGGUUUGACUACCUGUGGACCAAUAAGAAAAGUGUGGAUGAGCGGGAAGUUCUCAAGAACUUGCCAGCGAAGCUGAGGGCUGAGAUAGCCAUCAAUGUCCAUCUAUCCACCCUCAAAAAAGUGCGCAUCUUCCAGGAUUGUGAGGCUGGCCUGCUGGUGGAGCUGGUAUUGAAGCUUCGUCCUCAGGUCUUCAGCCCUGGGGAUUACAUUUGCCGCAAGGGUGAUAUUGGCAAGGAGAUGUACAUAAUCAAGGAGGGAAAGUUGGCAGUAGUGGCUGAUGAUGGUGUUACUCAAUAUGCCCUGCUCUCAGCCGGGAGUUGCUUUGGAGAGAUCAGUAUCCUUAACAUUAAGGGCAGCAAAAUGGGCAAUCGACGCACAGCCAAUAUCCGCAGCCUGGGUUACUCAGAUCUCUUUUGCUUAUCCAAGGAUGAUCUUAUGGAAGCUGUGACUGAGUACCCUGAUGCCAAGAAGGUCUUGGAGGAGAGGGGCCGGGAGAUCUUGAUGAAGGAGGGACUGCUAGAUGAGAAUGAGGUGGCAGCCAGCAUGGAGGUAGACGUUCAGGAGAAACUAGAGCAGCUGGAGACAAACAUGGAGACCUUGCACACUCGCUUUGGCCGCCUGCUGGCUGAGUACACGGGAGCCCAGCAGAAACUUAAGCAGCGCAUCACCAUUCUGGAAACCAAGAUGAAGCAGAACAAUGAAGAUGAUUACCAUGAUUACCUGUCAGAUGGGAUGAACAGCCCUGAGCCAGCUGCUGCUGAUAAGCCAUAA